GUCACUCUCUUCAACACGUUUUUCCGGGUCCAAACCCUGCCAGCUGGCCUUCGCUAGUCCACAUACAUCAUGUCUGAACAGGGCCGUAGGACUUUGGACCGUCGGGACAGUACCUUGUGACAAAGAUAUCAAGAAUCACGACCGCCGAUCAGCGAAGAGGGUAUUCCCGGGUAGAUUCCUUGAGAAAGACAUGGCCCAUGAAAAGAACGGGUUCAGCCAUGGUUUCGGAUUGUUCAGAAUCGAAAAGAAUACCCGGGACACGGCGACAGGCACUUGAAGAAUCAAUACCAAGUGCUCCAAGACAGUAUGGUCUUUUAUUCCAGUCGUUCAGUGGCGUUUCACAGGCUGUCGACGCUUUGACUCAAAUCAAUUGUUCUAUGGCUUUGACAUACCGUGGGUCGCCACGUUCACGGCUUGCGAACUGGUUGUUGUUCCAGCCGUAUCUGAUACGUUCGACAGUCGACUUGGUGAUGGAAGAUCUAAGAUCGAAGACGGCGACGACACGGGAAACGAUAGGUAAAAUGCAGUCAGCCGAAGUCAUUUUGCCAAACUGCAGGGAACUCAUGAGACACUAAUAUAGUGCCAAUCAGGUAUACGCCGGUUGCAACCUACUUUUCAACACGUUUUUGCUACAACUCACAUCUCCCAAUCUAUCAAUCCUCCUUUACAAUGAACUUCUUGAAGAAGGACACCAGCGCAAGGAAGAAGGCUCAUGCCGAUGAAAUAAUUCGCAUCGUAACAGAUGUGCAAAAUCAUGAGCAGCGUAAUCAGCUCUUUCGAAAACGAGGGCAAGAUGCACAGAUAUGGCUCAACUCCUUACAGGCGGCUGCCGAACUUCCUGAAAUCUCAACCGAACUUCGAUCGUCAAUAUUCAAGAUAAUGCUCAAGUUGUCGAAACACUCAGAUGUCACCCCGGAAUGUCUCAAUAUCAAGAAUGUAACUCGAGAGGGGGAACAUCCUAUCGGCGCGGGUGGUUUCGGGGACGUAUGGAAGGGAAAAGUCAGGCAGACCAUCGUUUGCUUGAAAGUAGUCAGGAAUUUUCAGCAGGGUAAUGAGUCCAAUUCACAGGAUUUACUGAAGCAAUUCAAGCGAGAAGCGAUACUAUGGAAACAACUCGAAUCCCAUCCCAACAUCCUCCCGUUCUUUGGAAUGUAUGACUGGGAUGGUGCUCCAGGGAAGUUAUGCUUGGUCUCACCAUGGAUGGAGGGAGGGAAUCUCGCUCAUUACUUGAACCCGCGCCCACCUAAAAUGAAACCAGUUGUCGAUCAUACUACACUGGUAACGCUGGCUUAUGACGUCGCUUCUGGUUUGGAAUACCUUCACGACCGGAAAAUUGUUCAUGGUGAUCUGAAGGGCGUCAACAUUUUGAUACGGACUCUAAAGCCGCUAAGGGCAUGUAUCGGAGACUUUGGGUUAUCCCGGGUCUCUGACGACCAUGCAAUCAGUCUGUCGACCACAUCACAGAGCCGUGUCGAAGGGACGUUAAGAUGGCUUGCACCAGAGCUACUAUUGGACCCAAGUUGUCGGUUAUCGAAGGAACUACAGCAGGACGAGGUUAGUUGAGAGUAAAUCGCUUCGAAGCGCAAAUAUUCAAACUGUGGUUUGAGACAUAUUGAACUAGAACAGUACAUGUAAUACUAGAGUAACAUUAAAC